ACACUUGGUCAAGGAGUAAGCAAAGCAUUCAAGAAGAAAAGCGAGAAGAACAUCAUCAUGGCUUCCGUGUCUACUCAUGAAGACCAAGAGAAAGGUCCCCACUUGCCACCACUGAGCAAGAAGAGUUUCUUGUUUUGUCCAAAAUCAAAACUGCACAUGCACAGAGGAGAGAUUGCCAAGAUUAUCCGAGAAUGUCAAGAAGAAAGUUUCUGGAAGAGAGCUCUGCCUUUUUCACUUGUAAGCAUGCUUGUUACCCAGGGACUGGUCCACCAAGGUUAUUUAGCAGCUAAUCCAAGAUUUGGAUCAUUACCUAAAGUUGCACUUGCUGGUAUCCUGGGAUUUGGCCUCGGCAAGGCCUCCUACAUAAGAGUGUGCCAGAGUAAAUUCCACUCCUUUGAAGAUCAGCUUCGUGGGGCUGGUUUUGGUCCACACCAUAACAGGCACUGCCUGCUCACCUGUGAGGAAUGCAAAGUAAGGCGUGGACUGAGUGAGAAGGGAGGCUCAUACCCUUCUGCUUCCUAGACUUUGUGUCUGUGGCUUUUGAAGUUUUUAAAUCCCUGAGUUUAUACACAUUUAAAAUUUCAAGUGUACUCAAAAAUAAUAUACUUGUGAUGAAAGAGAAA